AUGGUCAACGCCAAAAAGAAGCAAAAGCCCAUGAGCCUUUCUCAGGGUAGACCGCCAGCAGUCAGGAAGCCGAAAGCUUCAUUGUCAUCAAAGGCUACGAGAAAUCUGAUCCAAAGUCACCAUCGUCUUCACAAAGCUCUUGCAGAUGCCACGCGUCAAGGAGAUGAACAGACUGCAGCAGCCAUCCGGCAGCAAAUCGAAGAGAAAGGUGGUCUGAAGAGCUACCAACAAGCGAGCAUCCAAGGCCAGUCCGGCGAUCGCGGCGGAGACACUUCCAAAAUUCUGCUGGACUGGCUGCCGAAGGACCUGCCGAAGGGACGUACCAUCCGCAUGCUCGAAGUCGGCGCUCUGUCUGUCAAUAACGCAUGUUCAAAGUCUGAUUUUUUCGACGUGACACGCAUCGACUUGAACUCACAGGCCCCUGGAAUCGAGCAACAAGAUUUCAUGGAGCGACCCAUCCCUGAGACGAACGCUGACAAAUUCGACAUCAUCUCUCUAUCUCUUGUGUUGAACUAUGUCCCAGAAGCGCCUGGCAGGGGAGCGAUGCUGCGAAGGACUUGUCAAUUUUUGCGAGCUCUGCCCGUCUUAGGUUUCGGGGAAUCUGAGACGGCGGCCGAAUACUUCCCGUCUCUGUUUUUGGUCCUUCCAGCGCCCUGUGUGAUCAACUCACGCUACUUGGACGAGACUCUGUUAAAUCAGAUCAUGGUCACCCUCGGCUAUGUCAUGGUGAAAAAGAAGCUAUCGACAAAACUCAUCUAUUUCUUGUGGCGUCACCAGGGCAAGGGGUCAGAGAAACGGCACAGGUUUCGAAAAGACGAAGUUGCUCCGGGCCGCACGAGAAACAACUUCUGUAUCAUAUUGGAAUGA